AUGGACAUGAAGAAGGUCAACUCCUUGGACUUCCCUGAAUUUGUGAGUGUGUUUAGGAACGUCGUUGAAAGAUGUCCUCUGGUCGCAGCUGCCGUCUGGUCCCACCGUCCUUUCUCUGGCUUGGAAGACUUAGAAAAUCACUUUUUUGCUUUUAUUGAUGCUCUCCCAAAAUCAGGCCAGGAGGGCAUCCUACGCUGUCACCCGGACCUAGCGGGCCGCGAUGUGCUUAUGGGCAGGCUCUCUGACGAGUCACGGCGCGAGCAGAGCCACGCUGGCCUCACCAGCCUAAAGACCCACGACCGGCUGCGGCUACUGCACCUCAACCAGGAGUACCGCAAGCGCUUCGGCUUCCCGUUCGUGGUGGCGGCACUCCUAAGCGACCGUGCCACGGUGUUCCAGGAGCUAGCCCGCAGGAUGCACUGCCAGCCGGAGUCCGAGCUGCGCACCGCCCUGGACGAAGUGAAGAAGAUCAUCCACCUGCGCCUGAUAGAUUUGCUUGACAGCCAUUACUUUGGAGUGGAACCACCGCAAGGCCGGGGAUCGGAACGCCGGCAGGAUGCUUCAGAGAGGGGAGACCCUGCGCCCCAGGCUAGCUCGGACCUGGAAGACGAUCCACACACCCACACAAAGGAAGUGGAGAAUUGAAGCAAUCACAUGAGUAAUGCAUCUUUUGUACACCUAUUCACAAGAGCACGCAUCACCCAUAUCUGUCAGAAUCUGGAGCGUUUAGCGCUUUGCCGCCCCCCACCCACUCCCCUCCGAUUGAUUCAUCCAGAUCGCUGCUUCAGUUCUCCACUCCGUGCCCUGCCAACACUAGCCUUGGAAGAUUCCAAAGCUCCCACCGAGUUACUCGACUCUUUUCCGUUUACUAGGAGAGAGUUGGGGGACUGGCAGUGACUGUAAAAGGCACUGAAAGGCGGGGACGGGGACUUUCGUUCCACUGUGGUCUUUCAUUUCCCACUUCAUUUGAUUCACCUAAUAGUUACAUGUGAGCAGA